UUGCUAGAAAUCGAUGGCGACCUGAAGGGUGGUCAAGUUAAUGAGGAAAGGUGAGAUAUCUACCAAUAAACCGGAACCACUAUUUCAUGUACUAAGUCAUGUAUAUUCAAGUUCAAGGUCUUUAAGCAUGAAUCACAGACGUUCAAAUAAGAUAUUGUUCUUUAAUUUUUCAGGCUUUAUUUUCUUGAGAACAAUUAAUUGUAUUGUCAUGAUUAUAUUUGGAAUUAAUUUAUCACUGAUAAUAUCAUACAGGUGGUCAUGUCCAGUUGCCAUGUGAUGCAAGCAGUAACCACUUCCAACCCAGUCGUCUCUUUCACGUGUACGACCUGCUGAAAGCGAAGUGGUAUCGCCUAGCUGACCUUGAACAGGCUCGUGUCUUUCAUCAAAUGGUGGCUCUCUUCGGGCAGAUUUAUGUGAUCGGUGGUCAAGGGAGUGAUGGAGGAGCCUUGGCGGCUGUCGAUAGGUACUCGCCAUAUACAGACAGUUGGCGCCAGGUGGCACCACUAAGUUUCCCGCGCUAUGCAACGGCCGCUGCCGCCUACAACUUCCACCUGUGGGUCGCCGGUGGUGCUUCUAAUGAUAUGACAGCUCAAUACGCGGAUCAUGAUAACGGUCACCAACAUUCCAACGAUGAAAACGGCGCCAAUGCCUACGAUGGCUUCUACAAGAGUGCCAGCACAUUUCUGACAGGUGUUGUAGAGUGUUAUUCGCCGCAUGACAACAGCUGGACAAAAGUCAGCGGACUGCCGACACCAAGAUGCCAUGCUUCUCUUUUGCGGAUCAACAAAAAUCUCUUUCUCGUCGGUGGCUUCAGUUGUAUACGUCACUUCCCGAAUGACGAUAGUUCCACAUCUUCUAUAGAUGUGUAUGAUGACGUCAAAGAAUCGUGGCGUUCAGUAACGGAAGUUGAAGAGGGAAACUACGGCGCCAAUACCGUGGCAGUUGGAUGCAAAAUAGUCAUUCUUGGGAAACCUGGCCCUUUCUUGGAAUCAAGUGGUGACGUCAUAUCAAUAUUCGACACGUCGACAGAUAAGUGGGAAAUGCGGCGGAGUUUGCUUCUAGAGGCUCGAGUUGGCCAUGCGUGUUGCGCCAUUCCUGUAUCAACACAUUCGCCAUUGCGACGAACAUUAUGAAACGGUCCAAGUUUGUUGUGCAGUGAGGAAAUUAGAAGAAAAAUAAAAGGUGUAUUGAUGUUAUGUGUUCCUUUGCCUGCAAUGCAAUCUUAAAAAUAUGGCAAAAAAAGAUAAAAUCAAAAGUGAAAUGGCGAGCACGUUCUGAGGCAAACUGUAACAGAGCAAAAAACACCAUCAAUCAUUUUGAGUAACAAUACCUUGUAAAGUGAAACAAAUCAUAAAAAUAAAAUGGCAUAUAAUCGUAUGACUUCAAAUUGUGGUUUUAUUCAUUUUCUCAUCAAUAUAGUUUACAAAAUAUACUCUGCAUUUAUAAUGCACAAUGACUAACAACAACAGUGCAAUGUUUUAACUCCCACACACAUGCACGAGUUCACAAUAACUGCAACUUUUAUAAACUCACUCGUCAGCCAGAGAUCUUUGAAAUAAUCUAAUAACAAAUAUCAAAUCAAAUAAAUUUGUCAGAGUGACAACAUGGAUAUAGCAUUUCCUAUGGUUAAGACAUAGGAACUAUACAUUUAAGCCAAAUAAAGUAUGCUGCACUUACUACAGCCAUGAGUAACAAAAAAAGUUCUGACAACAUGAACUAUGAAUCGAAAAAAAAUAUAUAUUUACAAAAUAAGGAAAUAUGAAUAGCUUAUGAAGGUAGUACUGAUGGAAACUUCAUUAAUUUUCACAUUAUUACAAGUUUAUGAUUCAGCUUCAAUAAUAUAUAUAUAUAUAUAUUUUUUUCCCCAAGAGUAUAUUAAAAUACAGAAACUACCGUAGUAUAUAUUUGUGUUUCUCAAAAUGAAAAAAAAAUAUUUCAUGUCUGUAUUCAGAGACAUCAAAAUUUUCAAUGACAGAAUAUGCUUUUUGUAAAAUCUGAAUAUCAAAUUACAUUGGUAAUAGUAAUACCCUGGAAACAUGCUCCUUAAAAAUAAGUUCACACAUUACACACUCUUUCAAUCACUUUGCUUUAAAACCAAAACACAAUUGGAACCAUUAAAAUAGAAUCAUAUUUGCUCUGAUUUCACAAACUGAUGAUCAAACGAAAUGGAAAAUAAAACACACAACAUUUAUUUUAUGCUCUCAUUAAUGGUUGAAGUUGAAUUUCGCCUGACAUUCAUAUGGUCUUCCAAAAACUUAAAACUAGUAUUGGGUAAUAGUCUGGACAGUUCCUGGUUUUAGUAUUCAUGUAUUAAGUUUACUUCACUUGGGCUCUUUUUUUUUUAAUCUAAUUUUCAUCACUGAAAGCAUGGUUUAGAAUCAUCUUUUUUCCCCACUUGAAGAGUAUUUAACAUUUCCUAUAAAAAAGAAGUCUAUCUUAACUUUUUUGCUAUACAAAUUUCAUCAUAUUCUUAGCAUCCUAUGAAGAAAUUUAGCAGCAUAUUCUCUCCAGACAUGUGUAUAAUGGUAGCAUAGAUUUUUUUUUCAAAGAAAGCAAAUAUGCAUGA